AGCCUUUUCGUUUCCGCUGAUAAGCUUCACUGGAGGUAGCAAAGGUGGCGAUGAAGGAAUUUGGACGGGUCAGGGUUUUUGUUUGAAGCCGCUGUUACUUUCGGCAAGCUCACUUUGCUCAACCGCACUUCACCAUCACAUGGCGACGGAAGCGGAUGAGUCGCCGCAUGCGUUCCAGCUGCAUUGCCGGUUUCGCUACUUCCGCGCUCUUAGUUUCCCUCGCGUCGCUCCGUUUCGCGGAAAAGCUUGCCUCGUCGCGUCCCGUUGAGCGUCGUAGCGGUGCGCGUCCAUGGCAUGGUGUAGCUUCUGCGACGCCCUUGUCCCACUUCGUACCGGUACUCCACCAGAUCACAAUGCGAAGAGAGUAACGCCGUGCCGCCCUGCGUUGCGAAGCGGGUCGUGCAGGGCGCCUCUGCUGGCGGUGCUCUAGUUGCCACUGAUGGCUCACCCCCCGUGUAUGUGCGACCAGGUUCAGUCUAGAAUCUGCCCCGAAAGCACACCAAAGCCUCAUGUGAGCAACUUCGGCAGCGUCACCCGUCCCCCACGCCACCCCCACUUUGCACCCAACCCCCCUCCCCCUUCCCUCCCCUUCAUCUUGGCCUUCCCCUUCCCCCGUUCCCUCUCCCCUCUCCCCAAUACUUCCGCUCCCUUGUGAGGAAUCCACAGUAAGGUACACCAUAUCCGUCCAACCCUAUCUCCUCUUGCACCCCUCCCCGUCCUUGCCACCUCUUCAAUGGCCCUCCCUCGUCCCAUCCCUCCUCUUACCACCACCGGUGGGCCGGUGGACCGGUUCAGUGAGCGGGGCACAACGGGGUUCGAGGGGCGGCAGUUACGAGCGUCCGCGUGCAUCCCGCCCUCUGCCUGCCCCAAGAUAGUCCCUCCGUGCGCCCCAACGCUCCAACCAGCUCGGGCUUCUCAGACUGGCGGCGCGCUGGUGCAUGUGUGCAGAUGCUGCAUGGUUUUCCCUUUGAACCUUGAAAGACCUGCUGGACAUGUGUUUGAACGGUGAGACGAGCGUCGGAGGCAUGAGGCACGUGGCAUAGAGGCGAGAGACACGUGAACGGAAACAUGGGGAGGUGGGCAGCAGCAGCAGCAUGCACAACACAUGUUACAAUGACUGAAGAGAUGCAGCAGAGCCCAGUCACGGUUGCACAGGAUGUAUCGCGGCAACGAUGCAUCGACGUGUGUCGCUCUGUUCAGCUCAGCAUGGAUCGCUGCAACCUGCAAGUUAGGUGGAUCGUGAAGCCAGCGACUUGCAGCAAGCCAAGCCGAAGAGAGCAGUACAAGCACUGCUGCUGCUGCACAGCGGGCUUGAUGUAGCUGGAGGCCUUAUCAUCUGCGGGCUCAGACCUCGCGCACUGCUCGUGCUGCCUCUCUUCCUGCAGCAUCGGUAGGAGGCAGCACGAUUGUCCCUGUCAGCUCCAGCGGAGGUUGCAGCAGGGCUGCAUGCUGCUGAGUCAGCAGCUGUGUUUGCCGCGCCAGCAGUGGAGGGAGGGCAGGCGUCACUCCGGUCUGUGAAGGGCCUGAGAGCCCUCUGUGUGCAAGUGGCUGAUGCCUGCUCCAGAUGCACGUGGCGAAAGCCGUGCUGGCAGCAGCAGCCCAGCUGGCAGUGCGGCGGAGCGAGGCCAGUGGUGCGGGCAAGGAGGACGCGCAGGCAGCGACGCCACAGGAGACGCUUCUGCCCAUGCGCUCGCUCCUGCCCGCCGCUCCUCCUACAGGAACCAGCCCCCCUCCUCCGCCUCCCCGUACCAUUCCCACCACUGGCUCCUCCUCGCCCUCCUUGCGCCCGCCCAUGCUGCCGAACGUGGUGGGCGCGUGCAGCCGUCUGCUGCAGGCAACCGCUUCCGUGUCCAGUCCUUCCUGCUCCAGCCAGCCGCCCUCCUCCCAGUACAAGCACCAGCGCGCUUGAUAACGUGCCUGGCACCCAUCCUGAUGGCGAUAGAAGCAGCGGUCAGGGGCACGCGAGUUGGCGGGGCUGCUGCUGUGGGAGUAUGGCAGGGUGGUGGGGGAGUCUGAGAUUACUCAAGAGUCAAACUUUCACCUCCCGCCACACCCUACUCGUCUGGACCCCCAUCUCUCAUCUUUCUACCCUGCCGCCAAGUGCUCUCGUCGCUACUCUCCCAGCUCGCCAGUGCUCUGUCCCUCCCAUCCGCCGAUCCACCCGUCCGCCCAUCUCUGAGGGAUGACUUGCUCCUCUCGAGCCAUCUAUCCCCCUCCCCCCCCCCGCCUUGGCCGGUGGGCGGUGGGGGCAUCUAGGCCUUGGGCAGUGCGUACAUGUCCGCACUCCCUCACCCUUGCAAUGGGCUCACCACUCAGCAGAUCAUGCAUUAUCUUACGUCGAAUGUUGGUGUGCACCGUAAUUCCCCCCCCUUCCUCCCCCACACCCCCCCCUUGCUGUGGCGAUGUAGCGUCUCAUGCGCAUUGGCUUUUUGGUCCAGCUGAAGGCGUUAUCAUAUAACCCGUCACCGAUCUGUGUGUGGCAGAAGCCAUGGGCUAUGCAGGGGGCAUUGCUGGGGGAAUAGGCAUGGGGGCGAGGCGACUGGUGGUUGUCUCGUGCACAGUCCUUUUACCGGUAUUGUGAAUCUUGUCAACUGCAUGUCCAUGGAAUGAACCUGCUGCUGGAGC